AUGGAUCCAUCGAAGAAGAAGCAAUACCUCGCGGACAGCCCGCCAUCGGUCGUCCCCUUGCAAAUUAAGCCUCAUUUUGAAGCACUUGGCAAGACUGAGCAACUCUACUCGCAUUACAUCUCCAAGGCCUGUUUCGCUGGUACUAGGGUGGUUCUCAGACAAGUCUCUCCCGAGUCUGAACCUCUCUACGACUUCAUCAUCAGCCUGCACAAGCACUGCAAUGGUGACUACUCCAAGCUCAAGUCUGAGACCGGACUCAAUGACGAGGAGAUGAACCAGUGGUUGCAUUAUGCUGCUCAGUUCCUUGGCAACGCUGGCAACUACAAAUCUUUUGGUGACUCCAAGUUCAUUCCUCGCUUGGCUCCUGAAAAGCUUGCUGCCCUGGGCAAAGUCUCGGACGCAUCCAAGCAUUACGAACUGUGCAAGGAUUCGCUUUAUGAGACCAAGGUUGAAGAUCUCAUGCAUCUCGGUUACCCACCUCAACAUCUCACGACCUACUACCCCGAGUCGCCUGAAAUCACAAAGGAAGAAAUUGCUGCCAUCGCGGACUUUGUCAAGGAGAAUGGAAACGUCCUUCCAGAAAACACACGUCUGAAGAAGCUUACGUCAGGCGAUUUCGAGCUCCUGAUUGCAUCUGCACAGACGGAUCCCGCCAAGUCAGACAGAGAUGUUCCAGAGAGCUCAUGGACGCUAGAUGUUGAGCCUGUAAAAGGCAAGAAGAUAUCUCUUGUCUAUGGAGACCAUGCAAAGGAAAUGGAGAAGAUUGCCUCUUUCCUCGCCGAAGCCAAGAAGUACUCAGCCAACGAAUAUCAAAGCGAUAUGCACAACGAAUAUGUCAAGUCAUUCAAGACUGGUUCUAUGACUGCACACGUUCAAUCCCAGCGCCAUUGGAUCAAGGACAAGGGUCCGGAUGUUGAGUCUAACAUUGGUUUCAUUGAGACAUACCGCGACCCUCACGGUAUCCGUGGAGAAUGGGAAGGCUUUGUUUCUAUGGUCAACAAGGAGCGUACCAAGGCCUUUGCACACCUCGUAGCUGAGGCACCCAAGAACAUCAAGAAGCUCCCCUGGCCUGCCGAGUUCGAGAAGACAUUCGUGGCACCUGAUUUCACAGCACUUGAAGUCCUCACCUUCGCCGGAUCAGGCAUUCCUGCAGGCAUCAACAUCCCCAACUACGACAGUGUGCGUCAAGAUCCCGAUGGCGGUUUCAAGAACGUCAGUUUGUCCAAUGUUCUGUCUGCCAAAGCCCCCAACGAGAAGGUGCCAUUCAUCAAGGACGAGGACAUGGAAGUCUACAAGAAAUAUGCAGACGCCGCCUUCGAAGUCCAAGUCGGUCUUCACGAACUUCUUGGUCAUGGUUGUGGCAAGAUCCUACAAGAGACCGAGCCUGGCAAGUUCAACUUCGACCACAAGAACCCUCCUAUUUCGCCCAUCACACAGAAGCCUGUCACCUCGUACUACAAGCCCGGCGAGACCUGGGGAUCAGUCUUUGGUGGUAUGGGCCCAAGUUACGAGGAGUGCAGAGCCGAGUGUGUUGCUAUGGCUUUAUGUCCUGAUUACAGUAUCCUACAGAUCUUCGGUUUCGGUAAUGGACAAGAGGAUCUCCACGGAGAAGCCGGUAAUGUCCUCUACGCCGCAUAUCUAUCGAUGGCUCGUGCCGGUGUAGCUGCCCUGCAAUUCUACAACGUCGAUGCGAAGAAGUGGGGACAAGCACACAUGCAAGCCCGCCACGCAAUUCUCAAGGUGUUCCUCUCGGAGCCAGAGUUCUGCAAGCUCGAGUACACCAAGGAUGACCUCAGCGACCUUACUAUCAAGCUCGACAGAACCAAGAUCGCCACACACGGACGUCCUGCUGUUGAGAAAUUCUUGCAGAAGCUCCAGGUCUACAAGGCCACUGCAGACCUCAAGGCUGGCAAAGAGUUGUACGAGGGUAUCACAAGCGUUGACGAGUGGUUUGCUACUAAGGUUAGACCUGCUGUUCUGGCUGCUGCUCCUCCUCGUAAGGUCUUUGUGCAGGCAAACACUUUCAUUGAGGGCGACAAGGUUGUCCUCAAGGAGUAUUCUGCUACCCCUGAGGGUCUGAUCCAGAGUUACGCUGACCGUGAUUACAUUUGA